AUGAAGGUCUGGUUCAUCACCGGCUCCUCUCGCGGCCUUGGCCUCGCCGUCGCCGAAGCCGCCCUUAACAACGGAGACUCCGUCAUCGCAACCGCACGCAAGCCCGAACAACUCGCCAACCUCGUCGGGAAAUACGGCGCUGACAGAGUCCUCCCCGUCGCCCUCGACGUCACCAACAAUGACCAAGCCAUUGCAGCCGUGAAGACCGGCCACGAAAAAUUCGGCCGUAUCGACGUGGUCGUCAAUAACGCCGGAUACGCCAAUACCGCCUCUGUCGAGGACAUUGAUAUCGAUGAUUUCCGCAGACAAGUCGACGCCAACCUCUUCGGCGUGGUGUACGUCACAAAAGCAGUCGUUCCUAUCAUGCGUCAACAGAAGUCUGGCCAUAUCUUCCAGAUUUCCUCGGUUGGUGGCCGUUUGGGUUCUCCCGGGCUUGCGGCUUAUCAAUGCUCUAAGUGGGCUGUUGGUGGGUUUUCGACGGUUCUUUCGAGGGAGAUUGCUCCGUUCGGUAUUAAGAUUACUGUUCUUGAGCCUGGUGGUAUUCGGACUGAUUGGGCUGGUGCUUCUAUGGGGAUUCCUCCUAUUAGUGAGCCUUAUCAGCAGUCGGUUGGUGCUAUGGUUGAGCAUCUGCGCUCGAUGUCUGGAAACGAGCCUUCGAUUCCUAGCAAGAUUGGACAAAUUAUUCUGAAGCUUUUGGAUGAGGAGGAGCCUCCGUUGCGUCUUGUUAUUGGGCCUGAUGCGGUUCCUUAUGCUAAGUCUGUUGGCGAGGCGCUUGCUGCGUCCGAUGAGAAGUGGCGCGAGCUGAGUCUUUCUUCGGCUUAG